GCUAUUUAAGGAAUUAGCUGCUGUUUGUAACUUUUUUCUUGUGUUGGUAGAUGAUUAGACAUGACCAUCAUGAGAAGUAGAAAAGUGUUCAAAAUCCAAUGCAUACAUGCAUAGUUGAUCUUAAUAACUAAAAAAGAGAUAGCAAGCUGUAUGGGGAAGGACGGCACUUCUUUUCGUGGCGGGGCUAGGAAUAUGGAAUGACAGUGCCGGUAGCAACAUUUAUCAUGGCCAUUGUUUGUGGCACUGACAACGCAAGGUGCGACGUGUUCAUGAACAUGCUGCUCGUCAGUGUUGGAGUUGUGAUAUCCUCCUAUGGAGAAAUUAAUUUCAACAUAAUUGGCACGGUCUACCAGGUCAUGGGGAUUUUUGCUGAGGCACUUAGACUGGUGCUAACUCAAGUUCUUCUUCAGAAAAAGGGCUUGACAUUAAACCCGGUCACAAGCUUAUACUAUAUAGCUCCCUGCAGCUUUGUUUUCCUGUCCUUGCCUUGGUAUGUACUGGAGAAACCGAACAUAGAAGUCUCGCAGAUCCAAUUUAACUUCCGGAUAUUUUUCUCGAACGCUCUCUGCGCACUUGCCUUGAACUUCUCCAUAUUCUUAGUAAUAGGAAGAACAGGAGCAGUAACCAUGAGGGUUGCUGGCGUUCUCAAAGACUGGAUUCUCAUAGCUCUCUCCACUGUCAUAUUUCCUGAGUCCACAAUCACCGGUCUGAACAUUAUUGGAUACACAAUAGCACUAUGUGGGGUUGUAAUGUACAAUUACAUAAAAAUCAAGGAUGUGAAAGCGACGCAACCAAUCACUGAUAGCCUCCCAGAUCGAAUCACAAAGGAUUGGAAGGAGAAGAGGUCGUCGGAUGGUGAGAGUCCCAGAGGAGGAGUAGAGCUUAAUGAUGAGGAAGCUCCUUUGAUAACGUCUUCACGGUUGUCACAUAUCGGGCGGACACAGCUCGGAAGCCACACUGCUGUCGGAAGCAACGUACAGAUGAGACUGAGACAGACUCAUAUGUUGUCUCACUUCUCAGGAUAGUUAUGAGUUCCCCUGCGGCUGUUACAGUCAUCUGGGACUUUCAGUAUGCUUGGAUCCCUGAGGGCUACGAUCUUCGUUCCCUUAAGACCAGCAUUAAAUCUGCCCUCAAACGAUGCAAUCCUGAUUUCUUCAUAGAGGGGAAAUUGAUUGCAGUUGGACAUGCCAUUGGAGAUAGACAUCAAGCCAUCACUAUGCUCCCUGAUGACUUCGAACUCUCACCUGUCCAACCAGAUAACGCUCGUACUCCAGACCCAGAAGAUCAAACUGCUUUGGAGUUGGUCCUGAAGCUCUCUAUGAAAGUAUUACACAACAGGGCUAACAUUUUGGUCAUUUCUGGAAACCAUGAUGUGAUGGGUGCGAUUAACAGAUGGACACAAAGGGGUAUAUUUAUUAUGUUAGCCCUACCUGAAAGCUCGGACCCAAGCUUCUACCACUGUGCCAACGUGACUUGGCUUUUGUCUUCCGAAGAUCCUGAGAGAGUUGCUGCUACCAUGGUUAAUGGAGGUGGACCGAUCCCUCCUGUACCCCGUAUUAGAGGAUGAGCUUAAUAAAAUAGUGGUAGAUAUAACAAGAACUCCUAGUAAUAUCAUCUGUUUUAGUUUCAGACUCUCUUAUGCUUGCGCUGUUUUAGUUUCAGACUCUCUUUAGCUGCUUUGUUGUUUCGGAAUAUGACUUUUGAGUAAUAUUGUAGUAUUAAGCUUCUGUCUUUCUU